AUGCUGGAAUACCUGGGCUACAAGAAGUUCAAGAAGUACAAGACUGAAAAGGAGGCAAAGGAGGUGGCGGAAGCAGAGCAGCGACCACAACAGCAACAUGGAUCGUCAUCAACGCACCUCAAGCCCGACUCGCGACCCUCGCCGUCGCGGCGCCAGACCAGCUCUCAAUCCGUCUCGACGACGGCGAGCGCAGCCACUGAAGGCGGCCCUGCACCACUGUUGGAUCGCAAGGACGAGGCCUUCUUCAGACGCAUCCUCUCCGACCCAGACGAGGUAGACUCGGAUGACGAGAGCGUCCGUCCAGCCUUGCCCCCGCGCAGCAAGACCCCCGAGUACACCUGGGACUCUGACGAGUCCCACCGCACCGCGCCGUCCCAGGACCAGAGGAUACCCCAAAAGGCAGCGGCGGUAGCCGUCGCAGAGAAGCCCGAGGCCUCGGGGCCCUCCAAGAUCCCCAGCAAGAUUGCGUUCCUCUUCAACAAGGCCAAGGGCGGCGACAAGGACAAGCAGCUCGCGCCCACCAAGCCCGUGAAGCCCGAGGAGGCGGCGCGCGAGCAGGACGAGCUGUCGCGCGUGCUCGACGACCUGAACCUCUCGGCGCGCAACAACAAGGCCAUCCCGCUGUCGGCCGAGUCGUCCGAGCUCGUCGGCAAGUUCACCCUCGUCCUCAAGGACCUCGUCAACGGCGUGCCCACGGCCGUCGACGACCUCCGCAACCUCGUCGAAGACCGCGACGGCACCCUCAAGAAGUCGUUCGACAAGCUCCCCAACAGCAUGAAGAAGCUCGUCACCAACCUCCCCGACAAGUUCACGGCCAGCUUGGGACCCGAAGUCCUCGCCGCCGCGGCCAAGAGCCAGGGUAUCAACGCCGCCGAGGUGUCGGCCGAGGAAGGCAUCAAGGGCGCCGCCAAGAAGAUGUUCACGCCCACCAGCUUCGCGGACCUGGUCUCCAAGCCGGGCGCCGUCGUGGGCAUGCUCAAGGCCAUUGUCAACGCGCUGAAGCUGCGGUGGCCGGCCUUCAUCGGCACCAACGUUAUCUGGAGCGUGGCUCUAUUCCUACUCUUGUUUGUGCUCUGGUACUGCCACAAGCGGGGCCGCGAGGAGCGCAUCAAGCGCGAGAACGCGCCCGAGAUCGUCGACGGCAGCGGCCGCAUCGAGGAGCUCCCUGACGACCCCGCCCUCCCGGCUCCCCUGCGCUCGCGCACCGAGCCGAUGCGCGCGGACCAGGACCGCCCACGGAGCCAGAGGAGCGAACGCAGCCGGCGCAGCGGCAGGCACAGCUCGGGAAGGGCGACGCCCCAACGGCGGGCCUCGCCGGCUCCCGACUCUCCUCGGAGAAGAUCGACGAGAAAGUAA